GAUCGCAUUAUUGUCGCGACCGCUGACCGGUUUGGUCGAGUCCGUGCCUCAAUCUGUCUCAAUAUAAGCGAAAAGUCAAAACAAAUAUUCCUCACAAUCAGACACUGUUUCAUACAGAAUCUAAAUCAUUGUUUAAAUAUAAACACGGUGAAGUUUGGUGAAAGUUUAUACAUUAGAGUUAAAUUUCGCAUAUUUAUGCGUGAAUUUAGUUGAAAGUUUUCACAAUUUUAUGCAUCAUUUGAGGUCAAGUUCACACCAACUUAUCGAUAUGAACGUUAUCACGUAAAUUCCCAGAGUAAAUAUCAGCAACACAUUUAUAAACAUCAACAGACAUCAAUUACUACAAGUUCCAAAGUGCAAACUAGACUUAAUCAUGAUUUUCACAACAAUGAAAGCUUUUGCUGGUGUUUUUGUUCUUGCUGGGAUUAUUUACACCUCAAAUGGCCUGGAAUUAUUCCCAUCUAAUCAAGCAGAUGUUAGUGAUGCCCUCAAAGCCAUCUUCAGCAUGGGCGUUAAACUGGACACCCUGCUCAACACAAACUCAACACAACCACAAAACUUUUUAGUUUCACCACUAAGUCUUACUUUACUCUUGGGUCAACUACUAGUGGGUGCUGAAGGCAAGUUUCGUGAUCAUCUCUAUGAUCUUAUAUCACUUUCCGAUCAAAAAUCAGUUCGUGAUGAAAACGUCUACAUACAAUUUCACCAACAACUCGGAAAUCUUCGAAAACGUCUCGAAAUUGAUGGCAAUCGUCAUUACAAACUGGAUUCUAAUAAUGCACUGUUCUACAACAGGAAUAUCAGACUCCAAGAUAAAUUCAGCCAUGAAUCGAUGACUUUGUAUCAAACAGAACUGUUUCCAUUAAAUUUCAAACGUUCUGAGGUUGCUAUGAAGACUAUCAACAAAUGGGCAUUGGAUCAUACAAAUGGAUUGAUUAAAAGUAUUGUAGCUACACCCCCUGGACCAGAAACAGCUUCUAUCUUUGCGAAUGCUAUAUAUUUCUAUGGAAAAUGGGCUCAGCCAUUCAGUAAUGAGUUGAAUCAUCUCGGGCCAUUCUUUGUAUCAAAAAGUGAUCAACGCCAAGUAACUUAUAUGGUAAACUUCUUAGAACAGGUGCCGUAUGCUGAAAGUAAACGUCUUAACUGUAAAAUGUUGGUAAUGCCCUAUGAAAAUAAUGAACUGGGGAUGUACAUUGUUUUACCAAAUGUUGGACAUCCUCAUGAGCAUGACAUCAGAGCAUUUGCAAGCGAAGCAAAAAUCUCUGACUAUCUUCAGAUGUUAGGUGACUUGAAAAAUCAUGAAGAACGUAAAAUUCCGAAGUUUACGUUGACAAGCAGCAUGAGUCUGUUGAAACCUCUGCAGAUGUAUGCCACCUAUAAGAAAUAUAUGGAAAGUCGUCAGUUUACAACCGAACCGACCAAGUCGACUGCAACUAAGAACUUUAUUGAUGUAUUGGAAGAUAAGAAGGCUCAAUUUGAAUUGUUCAAGCAUAACUUUAACAAUUUCACGUCUGGUUCGAACAUCGAUGAGAUUAUCUUGUCGGCUGCUAGCGUUAAAGGUGAUUUGAGAGUUUCUGAUGUUAUGCAGCAUAUGACUUUUGCGCUUAAUGAGGUGGGAACUGAAGCGGCGGCGGUUUCCGCUGGAAUUGUUGAUUAUAGCGGUGGAGCGAAGAAUUUUCUAGCGAAUAAACCUUUUCUAUUCUUUAUUCGCCACGAAGCUACAGCAGCGACUUUGUUCUGGGGAACUAUUACAAACCCAUCCUAGGUUUUCUUAAUUUAUCAGCAGUUAUUGAAUAAGAUUAGUUUAAGAUGCAGUAUUUAAUUCUUUUAUAAUAAAGAGGCUUUGUUUUAUAAUUAUACAAACAGUCAUUUCUGUGUAAUUUAUAUAAAUCAGAUUGAUGAAACCAUAAACGUCUAAUAAACGUCUAAAAAUGGUCAA